AUGGCGAUACCACCUGUGAUCCCAGCGUUGCUGGGCACAGUAGCCGUCUUUGCGACAACGGCUAUAUUUGUUAUUCACAUCAUCCUGGCCAGGUCAUUGGCCCAGGAGACUUCUUCGUCAGUCAAGACGACAACCAUCGUCGCCGCGGUGUUUGAGGGCUUGGCCCUUUUCACAACAAGUUUCCAACUCAUCUCAGGUUGCGUGGCUUCACGCUUGGUUAGGAGGUUCAACGGGGCAUUGUUUGGGGCUGGACUUAUUGUGUGCUCGGUGGCUGCUGCGCUGUCGAUCGCCACUUUGGUAUUGCUCAGCAAGGAUUCGGCAAAGCUACCAGAGAAGGUAGCGGGGACUAAGACAUCGGGAUUCGUUGUUGGAGGAGCGGUGGCAUUGGGAGUCGCGUUCGCCGCGCAAUUAUCCUUCCAGGUUCUGUGCUUCAUCAGUGUUCGAACGGGCGGCGUGUGUUGCGCAGGAGACGUGGAGAGCUCGCCAAGGCAACAAGUCAAGGCGAUCCCCUACCAGCAGACGAACCCCAACACGGAGAAGGUCCGCUUCGAAGACCCGACAAUGUCGGGGCGGGGAACUCCCCGUCCGGGCUAUGGACACUCGGUGGGUAACUCUCUGAGCUCGUGGCGCUCAUCGCUCUACUCAGCCAUGCGCCCCAUUCCCUCAAGGACCCAUCUCCUAGCGAGCAACAGCCAGUACUCGCUACCUCUCCGCAUGCGCCAAUCCGACUCAAUCGAUUCAAUCGCCAUGCACGAGCGUCAGACCACCUCCGUUGCCAUGACUCUCGAGAACGGCUUCAACUCCGAAGGCAUCAACUCCGUUAACCCUCAAAACCGACAGGCUGUCGCCGAGGCUGCCCCCGCCUGCUCUCCGGCAAUGCCACCUGCACCCUUCCUUGAAACCAUCGCGGCCAGCCCCAUGACCAGCAGACAACCCAGUCCCGCUUUACCUCCUACAGACAGUGAGCUAGACCUUGGCAACAGUCUGUUCGUCCCGCCCAAGUCCAUCCGCCGCCGCAGCCGUUCCUUCAGCCCCGCCUCUAUGCGGUCAAUGGAGUUCGCGCGGGAAGCCUUCACCCAGCACGCCACUAUGUCCGAAACGCACAUCAGCGAGGCGCACAUCCACCCUCUUUUCCGAUCGGAUUCGCCUACGCCGCCGGCUAUCGUGUCUCCCGGGACAGUAGUGGUCGCGGCGCCCAACGGCGGACAGGUCCUCUCGGAUAAGCAUAGCAUCCGAACCCUAACGAGAAGGCGAAGCGGGAGCUUGCCGGCGGUGCCAAGCCCAUUGAGCAGGCAAGGAUCACUAGAAAGCUUUAGGACAAAGGUGACGAAGUAUGAGGGCGGGAGCAGACCGGGGACGAGGGCGGAGGAGCUGAGGGAGGAGGAUGAAGAGGGCAGCCCAUCGCCCUCGCCUAGACCAUCGCUGGCUCACGAUGGGGCAGAUGGAGAAAUGACACCGCCUAUUCCGGACUGGAUCCUCGGUGCUGGAGCGAGGACGAGCUUCUUGGGAUAUAACCAGCGGAAAAGCCAUGCGCCUACGUCUGCGCCGGCUGAUGACGACGAGGAGGAGGAGGAGGGUGUUGGUGGUCCCUCCGUUCGAUGA